UCACAGUUAUAUCUAUUAUUUAAGCAAUUAUAAUUAAUAAUUUAUAAUUGUAAUUGUGCAUAAAAUUAAUGAGAAGUUGGUUGCAUUCCGGCGUAUUUAGCUCCCAAACAAGCCAGUUAAAAAGGUAAGAAUGUGUCUACAUGACCGUUCAAAUUCCCAACAUAUGUAAGCUGGAGUGAUACCCGCCGACGACCCUAAUGCGCGAGCCGGUGAAUGGCGCGAGGAAAUCUUUAAAAUAUCCAGUCAGUCACUUGCGGACGUUUCACCUGGAGAAGUGCUUCGAUCACUGGUUUAUCAUCAUCAACAAUAUAUUAUCCUUAUCAGUUGUCAUUGAUAAUUAAAUUAACAAUAAGUUUUAAAAUAAAAAUGAGACAGUUCUGAUUUUUGACAAAAUGCGCCAAAGAAAAUAUGAUACGGCUUUUACUGAUGAUUAUUAUUAUCAACUCAAGCCAAUGUUCUUCGAGGAUUAAUCAAGACAAACGCAUAAGAGGACUGAUAAGUGGAUGGGCUCCACUCGUGUGGCUGGCACCUGGAGAAAGAUUUAUGCCGCUUAGCGUACCAGAGUUCUUGGAGCACGUGCAAGCCGGCGACAAUUACUUGCGCACACGUGUCGACAUUAAAACGCUCCUGGCUAACGAGACGUCUUUUCUCUACGGAAGAGAGCCUGGCACAGUCCCGAUUUACGCCCUGGUCCAGAACUGCGUCAGCGCGCCGAGCUCCAAGAGUCUGGUGAUAAAGCGGAAGCGUGCUUUGUACUCACGGGGAAGCCGGGUGAUAAGCAACGAGAUACCUGAAGGAAACAAUCCCGGAGAACCGACCCAAUUGAUCUCCAAGGGAAAGAGGUUACGGAAACUGCACUUUCACGUGACCUAUUGGAUGUUCUAUCCGUUCAGCGAGGGAAAGGCUGUAUGUGUUCUGGAUCUUGGUUUUUUUGGCACAUGGCCGAUACCCAGUGUGGGGGGACUCUGUCUCGGUCAACUUAAAGAGUAUGGAAAUCACGUGGGCGAUUGGGAACACAUGAGUCUUUACUUUACGGGAGAGGACCAUCCCGUAGCGAUGUACGUAUCUGCUCACGACGCCGGAGCCUACUACAGAUACGACGUCAGAAGCGGAACUUUCAUUUACGAGAGCCAAGAAACCCGGAAGGGUAUUUUCCAGAAGCCGAUAUUUCCCGAGCGCGUUUUCACCUCCAGUGGCUCGCAUCCGAUCCUCUUCAGCGCGAAAGGCUCUCAUGGGCUAUGGACGGCCCCGGGUAAGCACAAGUUCGUGAGAAUUCCCAAACUCUACGACGAAAGCGGGUUCGGAACUCCCUGGCCGACUUGGAAGAACCUCGAGCUGAUCCCCACGGAGAAUCCCUCGACAGCGCCCUCCUGGAUGUCCUUCACCGGAAAAUGGGGGAAUUCUAGAAGCAAUUGUCAUCCUCUGGUGAACCUGGGGUUCAAUAUCUGUGAGUUUGUCGACGGACCUACCGGUAUACCUACAAAGAAAGGACGCUUUCAAUGUCUUAAUUCUUGUGAUUAAAUUCUAUUCCUAGAUUACUUAUUUAUAAUUUUUAUUAAUUAAAUUAUUAAUA